AUGACAAAGGAAAUGAUUAAAGUUAACAACGAGCAUAGGAUAAAGACACAUAUCAACAGUUUGCCUGUGAGAUUGUUGUUGGGCCCAGGUCCAUCGAACUUGCACCCACGUGUCAACCAGCAGUUGUCCACAAACAUGGUGGGCUACACUGAUGCCGGCUACUACCAGGUGAUGGACGAGACCAUGGAGAUGUUGCGCUACCUCUUCCAGACCAACAAUCACUUCACCAUCCCCGUGUCGGGCGCAGGCACCGCCGCCAUGGAGGCCUGCGUGGCCAACUUGAUCGAGCCCGGCGACAACGUAGUCUGCUGCGUGGCCGGCUACUUCUCCGACAGGAUCUACCAGAUGGCCCAGAGAUACGGCGCCAACAUCCACAAGAUCGACAAGAAGUGGGGUCAGUGGGUGACGCUCGACGAGAUCAAGGAGGCACUCAUCAAGCACAAGCCUCGUCUGCUCACAAUGGUGUUUGGUGAGACGAGCACAGGCAUCAAGCAGGCAAUGGACGGUGUUGGACAGCUGUGUCGCGAGCACGACUGUCUACUGAUGGUCGACGCUGUUGCCGCGUUGGGCGGUGUGCCCUUCUUUGCCGACGAGUGGAAGGUCGAUGCAUGUUACACUGGCGGCCAGAAGUGCCUCAGUGGCCCACCAGGCAUCAGCCCUCUGACGUUCGGCCCACGCGCAUGCGCCAAGAUCGCCGCCAGGAAGACACCCGUCGCCAACUGGUACCUCGACGCCAACUUGCUCGCUGGCUACUGGUGUCCAGAGUACAACCUGAGCGACAGCAGUGUCGCCUCACCCAAGCCCCUGCGCAGAUACCACCACACAACACCUGCCAACUUGAUAUACUCUUUGCGUGAGGCCGUGCUGAUGGUGUGCGAGGAGGGUCUGGAGAAUGUGUGGGCACGUCACCAGGAUGCCGCCAAGGAGCUGUACAAGGGUCUCGAGUCGAUUGGUGCUGCGCCACUGAUCCCCGACGGUGAGAACAGCUAUGAGCAAGGUGGUCGUCUGUACAGCUUGACCACCGUUCAGGUACCAGCUGGUGUCGAUGCCAAGCUUGUAAUGAAGUACCUUCUGGACAACUACAACAUCGAGAUCGCUGGAGGUCUUGGCGAGUUUGCUGGCAAGGUUUGGAGAGUUGGUCUGAUGGGAUUCAAUGCCAACAAGCCAAAUGUGAGGUUAUUGAUUACAGCAUUGGCAGAGGCCAUCAAGUCAGUCAAGGCCAAC